AUGCCGCCCGCCAGCGACUCGGCGAAGGCCACGACUGCUGCUCCACCAACACCGCCGCUUACCAGCUAUCGUGACUCUGCGCUAGGCAUCUUUGCACUGCUGCUGGCCUUCCGCAUAGCCAAUGCAUUGACGCUGCGCACCUUUUUCCAGCCCGACGAGUUCUUCCAGUCGCUCGAGCCUGCAUGGCAGCUUGCUUUUGGCGAAGAGAGUAAUGCCUGGAUUACUUGGGUAAAUGCCUCCCUUGACCAUCUCCACGUUCCAGUCGUCGGCUUCUAUCGAAUCUCGGCAAAACUCGCAGACAUUUGUGGCUUAACCUUGCCCGCAAAAGCCGAAUUGCUGCUAGUUACGCCGAAGGUUACCCAAGCCGUCUUUGCUGCGCUGCUUGACUGCUACACAUGGAAACUUGCGGAAAAAGCAUACGGUCGUGGCAGUCGUACUGGCACGGUCACUCUUGCAUUGUCUGUAUGCAGCCCGUGGCAAUGGUUCUGCUCGACUCGGACGCUGUCCAACUGCAUUGAGACGACCAUCACAACUGUCGCUAUCUACCAUUGGCCUUGGCAUUGGCCAGGUACUGCAAGAGAUAGCACGACUGCAGGCAAGGAUCAAUCGCAGAGUGUGGAGAAGCAUCUCGGCUCGCCCGCAAAGUUACGUCUGUCAUUGCUGCUGGCAGCACUCGCGUGCAUUCUCCGGCCCACCAAUGCUCUAAUUUGGGUGUCCGUAUUCGUUCCAACACUAUGGCAAGCCACGAAGCGGCAGCGGUCUGCUGUCCUUGCAUGUUCCGUUGCGUCUGACAGACUAUACUACGGGAUCUGGACCCUGCCGCCGCUUCGCUUCCUUUACUUCAACAUUGCCCAAUCGCUGGCUGUGUUCUACGGAAAGAAUCGCGCAGACUACUAUUUCACCGAGGGGGUUCCGCUGCUUCUCACGACAGUGCUGCCGUUAGGUCUCAUAGGAUUAGUGCGAGCACUCCGAGGCAAGGAAUUGCGGCACUCGCCCAUCACUGGCAGUCCGAGCAUACACUCGCCGGCACCGGAAUAUAUUCACGAUGCAGCGCAACGGCGGGUGUUGAUCCGACUUGCCUGGACAUGCGUCGUUACUAUAGUCGCCUUGAGUCUGAUCUCCCACAAGGAAGUCCGCUUCCUCUACCCGCUGCUCCCAUUCCUCCACAUCCUCGCGGCCGGGCCUCUAAGCACCACGUUCCCAGCCAACGGUCCCUUCACUCGCAAAGCCCUGCUAAUCAGCCUUCUCCUAACCAACAUCCUCCUCGCAACUUUCACCUCACGCAUCCACCAGCGCGGCGUCAUCGACGUCCUAGACCACAUCCGCCACAAACAUGAAGCCCGCAACAACCUCUCCACCCUCACCCAACCCCCCUCUUCCCUCUCAAACACAACUGUAGCUUUCCUAAUGCCCUGCCACUCCACCCCAUGGCGCUCCCACCUCAUCUACCCAGAAAUCUCCGCAUGGGCCCUUACCUGUGAACCCCCCCUCAACACUCCCCUCUCCGACCGCUCUUCGUAUCUCGACGAAGCAGAUGAGUUCUACAUCAAGCCCGGCCCAGCCGUCUGGCUAAGGGAUAACAUGGAAUCACUUGAUACGAUCCAGGCUGGGGGUUCAAGAUCGGGCCGGCAUUGGAUAAGGCAGGAUCCAAAGCUCAAGGCAAAGUAUCGCAGGGCUUGGCCGCAGAAUCUUGUGUUUUUUGAACAGCUCGAGGGGGUGUUAGGACAGGUGCUGGGCGGGUCGAGGUAUAGGGAGUGUUGGAGGGGGCCGAAUAGUUGGAUGCAUGAUGAUUGGAGAAGGAAGGGAGAUGUGGUUGUUUGGUGUUUGGAUGGGGAGUGA